AUGAUCAAAACAGGACCUCGGUUGGGCACCACGCUGCCGCCGGAUACAAUUGACAUCAUCCGCAGCAAGACCCACUCCCGCCGGGUGAGACUCAACGUUGGGGGUCUUCUCCACGAAGUUCUGUGGAGGACUCUGGAUAGGCUGCCCCGCACACGACUGGGCAAACUACGAGACUGCAACACCCAUGACUCUAUCAUGGAGAUAUGCGAUGAUUAUAGCCUGGAUACCAACGAGUACUUUUUCGACAGACACCCCGGCGCCUUCACCUCCAUCCUCAACUUUUACCGCACCGGGAAGUUGCACAUGAUGGAGGAAAUGUGCGCGCUCUCAUUCAGCCAAGAGCUGGACUUCUGGGGCAUCGACGAGAUCUACCUGGAGUCCUGCUGCCAGGCCAGGUAUCACCAGAAAAAAGAGCAGAUGAACGAAGAGCUCAAAAGAGAGGCCGAGAACAUGAGGGAGAGGGAAGGAGAGGAGUUUACUACCACGUGUUGUUCCGAAAAGAGGAAGAAACUCUGGGACCUCUUGGAAAAGCCAAGCUCAUCAUUUGCUGCUAAGAUCCUGGCAAUCAUCUCCAUCCUCUUCAUUGUGUUGUCCACCAUUGCCUUGUCUCUGAACACACUUCCAGAGCUGCAGGACACAGAUGAGUUUGAUCAACCCACCGACAAUCCACAACUGGCCCACGUGGAAGCCGUGUGUAUUGCGUGGUUUACUAUGGAGUACCUCCUUCGCUUUCUCUCUUCCCCCAGCAAAUGGAAGUUCUUUAAGGGUCCUUUGAAUAUUAUUGACCUGUUAGCCAUCUUGCCCUACUAUGUCACCAUCUUCCUGACUGAAUCCAACAAGAGCGUGCUGCAGUUUCAAAAUGUCCGCCGUGUGGUUCAGAUUUUUCGGAUCAUGAGGAUCUUGCGUAUUCUGAAGCUAGCUCGUCACUCCACAGGUCUUCAGUCCUUGGGCUUUACUCUCAGAAGGAGUUAUAAUGAGCUGGGCCUCCUCAUCCUCUUCUUGGCCAUGGGAAUUAUGAUAUUCUCCAGUCUGGUGUUCUUCGCUGAGAAAGAUGAAGAAGACACCAAGUUUAAGAGCAUCCCAGCUUCCUUCUGGUGGGCUACCAUUACUAUGACCACAGUGGGUUACGGAGAUAUUUACCCAAAAACUCUGCUGGGAAAGAUAGUCGGUGGGUUGUGCUGCAUUGCGGGAGUUCUGGUGAUCGCCCUGCCAAUCCCCAUCAUUGUAAAUAACUUCUCUGAAUUCUACAAAGAGCAAAAGAGGCAGGAGAAAGCCAUCAAAAGAAGGGAGGCUCUGGAGAGAGCUAGGAGAAAUGGUAGCAUUGUCUCUAUGAACAUUAAAGACGCAUUUGGCCGCAGUGUGGAGCUCAUGGAUGUAAUGGUGGAGAAAUCUGAUGAAAAGAAGGAGAAACUCCAGGAUAACCACGUGUCUCCUAAUAUCCACAAAGGGACUCCAAAACACAAGUCAAAGACCAACCCCGGCAGCCCCACCAAGACCCUUGAAUCAAACUAUGCAGAGCAGGCCAAGCCUUCGAGCAGCCCCCAGCACCUCAGUGCACAGAAACUGGAGGAGCUGUACAACAAGAUGACCAAGACCCAAACUCAACCCAGCCUCACUGGCAAGGAAAAGGGGCAGCCAUCCAAAUGUAGACAGAGAGCUGAGCUUGAGAUGGGAAGCAUCCCCAAUAAAGCUAUCCCAAGCACAUUGGAGGCGGUGACAGACAUGAAGAGCAUGUCCAGUAUCGACAGCUUUAUCAGCUGUGCCACUGACUUACCUGAGAGCUCUCGCUUUUCCCAAAGCCCCAUAGGCAACAUCCCAGGGAAGGUUAGUACAAACCCAAGCCUGGAGACCACCCUGGAAAAUGAGCACGAAGGGGCCACAACACCCUUGACAGGGAAAGGUACAAACUCCAGAGGCACUUACAUCAACAACCCACUCAAAAGCCGUUCUCAUAAAGUCAACUUCAGAGGUGGCGAGGAUUCGGGGACGGGAGUCCUCUCGGACAGCUCGUCCAUGCAGAGCCCCGAGGCUUCCAUCUACACGACCGCCAGCAGCAGAACACCCAGCAAGAGCCCAGAAAACCUACUGCCUAGCAUGUUCACAUUCCACGAUGCCUCCGUCAGUAAGUUCAUUGAUGCUGACACAGAUGAGGAGGAGCACCCGCAUGAUGGUUCAGUUGCCAGCCCAGCCCAAAGACUCUUGGAGAAAUCCAGCCCCAAGUUUAGCCAUCGCUCCACCUUCCAGCAGGCUCCCAACCACAUGGAGGACGUCCAAAGCAAGCUGGGGAACAGCACGCUGCCGUUUGAGGGGCAGGAGAACCACGUGGCUCAGGAACUUCAGCCACUUCAGGGAGAGAAGAGUCACUCUAACUCUUAAAGAACCAAAAGAAAAAAGACAACAGACAGAAUGCGAGUAGAAAGCAAAGGAGGUGACGAGCAAAUAAGAAGCACAGUGAGCCUCCUGGCAUUAUGAAAGGCAUGGAAAAGAUUUGCGGGAACAUUUGAAGAGUUACAAAAAUACUUCUAUCCCGCGAAGAUACAGUAACUGUGCACACUGGGAAAGACUUUUGUGUCCUCUCAAGCUUCUUUCUACUAAUGACUCGUAAA